GAAAACUCUCAUUUUUUGAUGCAAACAAAAUCAGCUGUUUCUCAGUCAUUUGUUUACUCUGUUACCAAAUAGUUCUUUCCAUAAUCCGAAAUGGAUUUUAAUGAGGAUUUUGGCGAUUUUAAUGUUCUUCCUGAAGAAAUUAUUAUUCAUAUCAUCAAGUUUUUACCAAAUCGUUGGAAUCUAUCGCUAGUCAAUUGGAACUUUUAUGAAUUAAUUUGUAAAGUUGAAGCGAAUAAAUAUCGAUUGAAACUGAUUGAUAUUGAUGACGAUCUUGAAAAAUAUGAGUCUGUGAUAAAUACAGGGAGAAAAUUUGAUGAAAUUAAGAUGAUGAAUUUGAAGUCUGAAGAUGAUCACGUGACUGAGAAACUAAGAAGUAUUCUUGAGAAGUUUCAGCUAGGAAUUAAAGUAAUAAGCAUUUACAAUUCAAAACUUCCCGAGAGUCAAUUUAUUGAGUUACUAGGCAUGCAUUUAAAUUUAAAGAGGCUUCUUCUUUACGAUGUUUCGUUUAGCGCAACCGAAAGAGAUAAUGUUGAAUUAUAUUUGCCAAACCUGAGAUCAUUAAAUAUUCAGCUUUGUAAUAUUAUUAUAUCAAGAACAAUUCUUCGUAUUCCAAAUAAUACGCUUUAUUAUCUAUCCAUAAAAAAUCUUGUCUUAGACGUACAGACAUUAAGAAAAAUUUUAGAAAACCAGCGGAAUAUUAAAGAGCUUGAAUUUGAUCCAUAUUUUGUCGAUCCUGCAUCGAUGAGCGCUCUUGAAUUUAACAAAUUGAAAUUAAUGAGCAACAGGAACGUAGCUCCAAUAAUCAAAAAUCAGUAUAGUUUAACAAGCUUGGAUCUAUCUAAGGCUCACAUUACUGAUACAGACUUUUUACAGAUUUGCAAAAUGAAUAAUUUGAGAGUUUUGAAAUUGUGGAUAGAUAGAAUUUCAUGUGAUUUAAUUGGAAAUAUUGAAAAACUUAAUAAACUACAAGAGCUUGCAAUAAAUUACGAGAGGUUGGAGGUAGAAUACAUCGCAAUCAUCAGUAAAUUAUGUCUUAACAGCCUUCAAACUUUGAAAAUAGAAUUUCCAAAAUUGAAGAUUUUCGCAGAAAAUUUUAUUGCAAUAUCGAUGAAUUGCCCAAACGUAAAUAAAUUAAUAAUAAAUGGUCAAUCAAUUGGAGUGAUUGGAACAAUAAUUGAAUAUUUCAAACAUCUGCAGAGCUUAAUUUUUGAAUGUGAUUCAGAUUCUGUCAAGGUCGUAAAUUUCCCUGUGAAUAAUUUUGUUAAUGAAAACUUGAAGGAGUUAUAUCUCUAUGACAAUCAAUUCAAUAAUCCAGCCAAAGAGCAUUUUCAAUCAACAUCGUCUCUAUUAUCACUCAUAAAUAUUGCCAUACCGAAUCUAGAAAGGCUGAGGAUAAAAAAUAUAAUUUCACUAGAUAUUGAAGCACUCAAUAUUAUUUUUGAGAACAAGCCAAAUUUAUCUCAUAUCCAUGUUGAUGAUAUAGCCAUUAAUAACACAAUUGACGCACAUUAUGUGGAAACAUUGAUGCAAGUUGCUCAAAGUCUCGAUUACAUUGAGUUAAAUAAGGUUUUAUUGGAAGUAGAUGAAGAUUUGAUUGCGCAAAUUAUGGAUAAUAAAUUCACAUACGUCAACUGUAAAAAGUGGAGGAACGAAAUCAUAUUAAGAAAUUGUAGAUGGAAUACGCAUGAUGAAAAUGUCUUUUAAAUUCAAUAACAUUAUAUCUUUAUUAAAUAAGAUAAAUUUUACUUUUCGUUAUGUACAAAUAUAUAUUUUCUCUUUCAAUCCAAUGUGUUAACAAUAUUGCAAAAAGUCAUGGUAUACAGUAUUAAAAAUUGGUAAUAUGUAAUUGAAAAAAUGAUUAAAUAAAUUGCGAAAAAUUAAUUAAGUAUUUUUGCAUUAAAAUUUCUCUCAUAUUAAUGUAGAGGAAAUAAUACCUUCUAUUGUGGAUGAAUACUCUGCUGUCUGCCAACAAUCAUUUCAACUAGACCGGUCUUUAUACUUUUAAAAACAUUAAUAGCUUCUUGAUGAGUCACACCAUGCAGCGGUUGAGUAUUCACAGAAAGGAUCAGAUCUCCUAAAAAAAAAUGUUCAAUGAAAUUGAUAUUGAGGUUGAUGUAAAGCGGAAGUAUAUUUACAUACCCUCUUUCAGUUGCCCACUUGCUGCUGCCUGACCAUAUGGAUAUAUGGUUUUCACAAAAAUACCCAUUUUUCCUUUCGGAGAAUCUAUACCGCCUGUGGAAAGAAAAACAUUUCUUUACUUUCUGACCAUAAAGAAUAAAUUUUAUGGCUCUUUUUUCAGUAUUUCCUCGAGCAAUUUUUAUUCUCAUUAAGUGAGCAUGCAAAUUUAUUUCAAAAGCACUCAAAAAUGGGUUUGGAUACAAUUGAAGUUGAAAAAAAAAAUCAUUAAAUUGAAAAAUGAGAAAAUGUCAACAUUAAUGUCUUACCUACUAUAGAAAAUCCAAGUGCUUUUGACCCAGGAUUUUUUAUGAACUGUACUUUUAUUAAUAUCAAAGUACUUUUAGGAAUAACAUUUGAUUUUGCCGGUAGGGUUAUAGAGUCUGUUUUGUUUGAUGUUGAAUUACCGUUGGAGUCCUUUACAUUAGUAUUAUCUUUUGAGUUGACGUCCACUUCUUCAGAGAUUU